AAAAGCUCUCUAAAGGAAAAUGAGACAGUAUUUCAAGAUCUUGUUUUUCACAUCUCCCAUCCACACGGGACAUCAAAGAAAGUGACUUUAGGAAACAUUGUUAGUGCAGACACACGCCACGGACAUUACCAACUAAUUUAUAGUGUUGCAACAUGUAGAGGGUCAUCUGGUGGACCUGUAUGUGUUAUUCCUGGAAAUAUACAUGUUAUUAAUUAUACAUUUGAAAACUUAGAAUCUAUUUUUAGUGUCCCACACUCAAGACAUCAUGGCAAUGAGUUGAAUUCAAGUUCUUCGGCAACAUUUUAU